UAAAACCGUUUGUUUAUACGCAAUAGUUUAAAUUUUUAAAAAUUUUUUAUCCUUGACGGCUAGACAGUACCACACUACCACAGUAGACAGACACCAGACACCAGUGUCUCAGAAUCAAAUUUUUGUUAUUAACGUAAUUCUUAUAAUUUUUACUUUGUAUUUCCAAUUAUUAUUUUGUUUAUGGUCACAAAUUAAUUUCUAUGCCAAAUGACUGAAUAAAACUGAAAACAGCCGUUUCGACGUGUUGAAAUUCAUGAUUUGCCAUUCAAUAGAUCCCCGUCGUUCCAAAUAAAUAACCACCGCCGAUUAUAUAUUAAAUUGUACUAAUUCAUGAUGAGCAACCAGACAAGUUCAACUGAUUCAGCAUUUAAAAUACCAAUGGCACCUCAAUUUUAUCCUUCUCAAUCUGAGUCUUUACUUUUCCAAGACAUUAUAGAAGAGAAAGCUGUUGCACUUCGCAAUGUAUUAAAUGAUUUUUUAAAAGUACAACCAUAUCGUAAAUUUGAUAUUGAAUUUAAUUCGUUUUUAAAACGUAUUAAACGCAUUAUCAUUGAUGGGCAUCGUUCUGGCUCUAAUAUCUCUCGAGUUACCAAUUCAUCACAGAUUGCACCACUUUAUGCUAGGCCAUCAGCAAGUUUCAAUUAUAGGCCAUCCACGAGUUUUAACUAUAGGCCACCAACAACUGUGUCAAUGGUUAGUUCUAGCGAUUAUGGCACAUUGAGAUUACCAGAAAACAAUUUUCAACCUAUCGAACCUAGAGAACUUUCAAAUCCAUUUAAACCACCAGAUUGUCUUCAACCCAGAGUGGUAUUAUCUCGUAUUGAUCAAUCUGGUCACAAUUCUCAUGAGUCACACUCCAUAAGUGCAACUGUUAUUGAAGUAAGUCAAAAUCAUAAUGAAACUGUUAAAGAAAAUAAUAUUCAUGAAGUUGCUCGUAAAUCUAAAUCUCUAUCAAGAAAUGAACCAACUGCACGUAAUACAUACUCUGAUGUAACAUUUGAUGAAAAUAACCAAAAUGUAACAUUUAAUGAGAAUAAUCAAAAUCAAAAUGUAGAUGAUGACAAUAAUUCUAUAGAAUCACUUCUUGAAGAUGUUGGAUUUAAAAUUAUUGUUGGAUUAACAGAAAAUAACGAGACCAAAAAAAAAAAUGCAAGUCAACAUAGUAAUAAUAAAUCAAAUGUAUUAGGAAAUGUUGAGAAAUUUUUAUCUAUGUGGUCUUUAAAUAUGAAGCUAAUAAAAUCAUCACAACAAUCUAAUAUUUCAAAACAUGUUUUGAUUUUAACUGGUAAUUUGUUGAGCGAAGAUAAACUGACAGUUGUAGAAAAACGUCACGAAGCUGGCAUUUUAGAAGGUCGAAAAGAAAAUAAUUUAGUUAAGACAAGAAAUGGACUAUACCGUUUAGUAGGCAAUAUUAUUGGUGGAUCGCCUAAUGAAUUAUAUCAAACAUGUUUAUCCAUCAAUGGAAUUCCAAGGACAUGGAGAAAUAUUGUUAAACAACUAACUGGGACUGAAAAUAAAACAAAAAAUGUGUUUGAUUUUUCAAUAAGUUCUCCUGCUGGACCUAUUACUAAGCCAACAAGAGCUACUAUGAAUCUUGAUGCGAGUAUGACCAGAAAAGGAACAACUUAUAGUAAAAAUAUAACUCUUGUAAAUCAUAAAAGAAAAUUGUCUGAGUAUGAUGAAACUGAAAAUAAUAAAAUCAAACAUCGUAAAUUUGGUGAACAUUUACCAUUAUUACUAGCAUCUACACCAAAGAAACCAAAAAAACAACCCACCAUGUUUGAAACACCAAGUCAAAUUUUGAAAAAUAAAUUUAGUCAGAAUAUAUUAAACAAACAACGAAAGCUGAAUAAUGUUAAUGAUUCAAUUCAUAUAAACAAAAAAAGAAAAUCUCAGUCAAAAGAACAGACAAGUAAAUUUUUGAAGCCAAAAACCCCUGAAAAAACAUUGUUAAGUAGUAACAAUAGUACAAAAUAUGCCAAACAAAUAUCAAGAAAUUCUUCUGUAGGCAGCAAAAAUAACACCAAACUAUCCAAUCAAUCAUCAAAAAUAUCAAAUAGUAGUGUAUCAAAAUCAAAAAGUAAAACACUAGAAAACUCAUCUGUGUCUACAAGAAGCUUGAACAACUCCAAGCAACAAUCUAAAUUGAAAACAUCUAUAAAUUCUACCAAUCACAGUGUGGAAAAAUCUAAAGAAAAUGUAAAAGCCAUAAAGCAAAUAACGCCCAAAAUGCCUAAAAACAAAACAGUAACAAAACAUGUUAACGUUGCAAAAGAAAUUAAAAAAAAAAAGGUAUCAACAUCAGGAAGUGCUCUUACUAAAACCAAUAACAAAUGUAUAAAGGCAAUCAAACCUAAAGCCAAAAUAUGUGAUGAAAGUUUGAACAAUACCAACACACAUCAAAAAUUAAAAGCAAAUAAAUCCAAAACAAAACAGGUACAUUGCCCCAAUGGCUCGUCAACAGGAUUAGACCUUUUUGGUUGCAUAGACCAUGGUGAUUUUGGUAAUGUAAGCGAUUAUAAUGUUAUGGCAUCACCAGGCAAAUUAAGUGUAGUAUUAGGUAAUGACAAAUCCAGGAGCGUGACGCCUCCAUUAUUCAAUUGUCAAUGGAGUUCAACUGCCAAGUCAUUAGUCGCUAGUGAACCACCAACCCCAUUAAGUAAAUCAAUGGAGGCCAAAGCAUUAAAGCGUGUCAAAGCACCCAAAAUUACUUUAGAAGAUGAAAUGAAAUAUAACAAGAAGAAAAAUAGCAAACAAUCCAUUGAUUUCAAAACAGUUUCUAAUAAAAUAAACAAAAUGUUAGAAUUUGGAAGUGGAUAUGAUGAAGAUUAAUCAUUAUUUUUUGUAUUUUGAUGACAUGUUUUAUUUUUUUAAUAACUGAUUUUCCCUAUUCUUUAAUAUCUUAGUUAAAAUAUGUGUUUUAACUUAUUGUUUAAAUUGUAAUUAUUACCUCAUUAUGAAUUACAAUCAUUGUCUUUUUAAAUAAAGCUCAUUUAUAAAUAUUUUUUAGAGAUUAUAU